AUGAGCGAAGACAGUUUUCGUCGGAUAAGCACACCGGAAACGUGGGUCGGUUCAGGUGGCCGCUGGUCAUCCCAUGAUCCGCAGGAAAUCAGUGAAAAACGUUCAGUGAACGAAGAACCUCCAACACACCAGCAGUAUAAGGUGAUAGCAGAUCCAGAUCCAGGUGCAACCGAAGAGGAACCGUCGUCUUACACCGAGCAGGACCACUACUCCGAGUCCGAUUUUCACGAUGAAGAAGAAGAGGAGGAGCCUGACGAACAGGACGAGCAGAACGGGCAGGUACAGGACACUCAAAUCGCGGUAUCGCAGUGUCAACCGGAGGACUUCGAUACCGGAAGCCAUCUGCUGCAUAUUGAUUUCAUAACGGACGAGCUGCAAACGUUCCGUCUUUCGUCCCACGACGGACCACACCUACGACGAGCUGGUACCGGCGGUAGAAAGACGUUCAACCAGCAGCAACAGCAACAGCACAACAUAUCCUUCAGCCGUGAGCGAGUGCGGCAGAUCGAGCGGACCAACCAGAUACUGCUUCGCCGAAUACUGUCCACGAAGCCAACGCUACAGACGCUCAGCAUUAGACCACAGACGGUUGCCAAACGAAAUAGUUCAACGGUUGUGUCGCGUGUUACCAGUGCCGCUCUUAAUCGCCAAAAACUGCAGAAAAGGAUUGCCAGCGACAAUGAGAUUUUGCUGAAGAAAGUCACAUCCAUUGGCCUACCGAAGCGGACGACGAGCUGA